GCGUUUCUGCAGCAACAGAACAAACAGAACAUUACUGUUGUUGUUUUACUAGAAUAACCUGAGAAAUCGUCUCACAUCUUCAUCUUUUAUGGAAGCGUCUUGCAGCAGCAGCAGCAGACGAGAGUUGCUUCGUGCUCUCUUCCUUUUUGAAAGAGGACAUUAUCUCAAGGCAAUGCAUUCAUUUUUGUCUCGAUAUAGUUCAAACAUAACUUACUGAUUUGUCUAUUUGCAAAGAUGGAGGGCUUUGCUGAUCUCCUCACGGAUGCUUUUUCUGAGACAUCAGUUCCAUCAUUACCUGAUGGCGAUUUGGACUUUGAGAGUUUAAAUUUGGAUGAAAAGUGCGAGGAGGAAGAAGAGACAGAAAACUUAACAGCAAAGGAAGACGGGGCUCUGCUCCAGGAAGCAACUGGUGAAGCUGCAGUUUUGUUUGGCGAGGAAGCUAAAGAUAUGCUGUACUCGGCUGAAAAUGAAGAACAGACUGAUGAUAAAAGCGAUGAGGAGGACUAUGCAGGGGUCAACACGCCAGAGGAGGAUUACACAAGCUCAGAUGGAGAUUCUGAACAGGAGGAUUCUGUCUCUGGAGAAGAUGAAGAUAAUGAGGAGGAGGAGGAGGAGGAGGAGGAGGGUGUGGGAGCGGCAGAGGAACCAGGGGAUUUGUUGAUGUCUGUUCAGUGUAGUGAUGAGUUCCACGAUGAAGAUAAAGAGGACAGGGUCUAUGCUGAGGGACGACCUCUGGCUCUGGAGGCUGCCGAAAACCCUCAAGUUAGAAACAAGGAGCAAGGUGAGGCCGAGAGCGACGAGGAGGAGGCCUAUUUUGGGAGACUCCCUGAAGGUGGCGGUGAGAUGAUGAUAAAAGGUGUUGGAGCUGAAGAGGACGAAAAGGUAGAAGAAAAGCAAGAGGACUCAUCUGAUCCCGAGUGGGAAGGCAUGAAAAUCGAAAAAGAAGAAAACGUCCUCGCCCAGGACUUGGAGCAAGAGGUUGAAAGUCCUUACGGAGAUGAUCCCACGACGGCCAGUUCGGAGUUUCCAAGCAUAUCUCUGCAAAACCUGCAGGAUCUCAUUGCUGAAGUUGAUAAUGAGAAAUAUGAGGAGAAAAUGAAGGACUUCUCAGGGGAGGAGCACCAAGAGGCAGGGGAGAGCUUUGCAGAUUAUCCCUCGGACUUUUCUUCCUGUGAAUACACAGAAAAUGGAGGAAAGAAUCAAGAAAGUAAGUGCAAGUCGAACGCCCCGUCUUGUACGUCUGAUUGUGGUUCAUAUUCACAGCAGGACACGUGUCUGGAGGUAGUGGAAGAUUUAACAAGCAGUGAGGACACUGAUAGGAAGGAAGACGAGUAUCUGUACAGCAGAGAUUUAGAGACAGAGGCUGAUCGGCUGAUGAGCCUGGAUGUGGCAGCUGGAGAAGAAGACGGAGGGAAAACAGAGGAUUUGUCGGGUAACGCCGCUGUGACGUGGAGUGAUGAUGGAGAUGAGACAGGUGGGAGCGACUCCUACAGCUCCAGUGAGGAUGAGUACCCACUGAGGAGGAACAACGAGGAACUCUUAGGUAACAUGUGCCAACAAGACCCUGAAAAUAUCAAGCCUGACAGUGGGAGCAGCACCGAAUGCCAUGACAACCCCAGAGCGGAGCCAGCAGAUUUCCUCAGUUGGGACUUUGACGUGUUAAAAUCUGACAACUUUCUGUCUGAAUACCUGUUAGAAGAACCAGACAAGGCGGGAACACAUCCAGGAGAAGACGUCAGCAGUUACUCUGCGGUACAAAGGGAGGACAGCAGAACCACGAGCUCCUCUUACCAGGGCUCCCUCGAUGACAGCUUCUUCUUCAACACUGGAAUCGAGGCCUCAGGCGUCGACGAGCUGGGAACGCUGGGAGAAGACGAGUACGAAGAGGAGAGAAACUGGGAACAGGAGCAGGAGAGGAUCCAGGCUUUCUACAGGUUUUAUGACGACAGUGACGAGGACAACGGAAGAGAAGGGAGGCAGACCAAAGUUCAGUUUUGUGCAGAUCCGUUGUCUCGAGUCAUUCACUAUGAAACUGACAGCAGUGACAGAGAUUCACUCAGCAGUUCCUCAGACAGGGAGGAGAACCCGAGCUCCACAGAAACAUCUGACGAACAGAGGGAGCCUGAAGUCAUCCCACAGAUGAAACCUGCUUGUGAUCCUCCAAACAUGCAGCUACAAGACCUCAGCACCACACGAACCUGCACAGGAAAACACAAAAGUCUCGGCAUGCUGAAGCUGAUACUGAAGAUGGGUCUGGUGACAGCGAUGGGAUUACUGAUGUUCUGGUUGACCACAGACCAAGCCGAUUGGAUCAGGCAGAUUUUCUUCUUUUAGGGAUCAUCCUCUUUUUUUUUGGCCAUUAGCACCUGUUUAUAAGCUUACACAUGAUUGAUACUGAUUUGUAAAGAAGUACAGUUCUAUGCAUUUAAACUUCUAUACGUACACAAACAUGUAUUGUUACCUUUAAUAUGCUUAAUAAAGUACUACCUUUUUUUUAAAUG